GAAACAGCAAAAUUUUUAGGUUUUAGGUUAGGUUAGGUUGUAGGUUUGUAGGUUUUAGGUUGUAGGUAGGUAGGUUUGUAGGUUAGGUUAGGUUAGGGUAGGUUUGUAGGUUGUAGGUUGGUAGGUUACAGGUAAGUAGGUAAGGUUAGGUCAGGUUUGAUUAUGUUUUUUUCUUUUAUUUGCGAGACAUAUGGGUAUCAUUUUUGGAUUCAGGAUGUCAAAUAAUGUUAUAAUAUGAAAAAUUUAUCAAUGAAAUCUUCUUAGGACUUAAACUUGCACUUUUACCCAUGCGCUGCGGUAUCACGCUUAUUUUAUUAUUAUUAUUUUUUUUUUUUGAUGAUGGAAUCAAGCAAAGAAUCAAGAUGGAAUCAAGGCAAAGAUAUGGGCUCAUAUUAGCAUCCUACUCGAAUGAUUAUUUAGUGACGUCAAUGAUACAGAGUGUCCUUCCGUAAAACGGUUCUUUUCAUUGGCUUACGAUUGUAAGCUGACUAAUUACUUUAGAAAACCUAUUACGUCAUUGGAACCCAAUAAUUUUCAGACGAAAGUAGCGCUGCAAAGGACUUAGAAUGAAACUGCUAUUCGUGUUCAUUUUCCUCAUGAGCAAAUAAAGAGGAUGAAAGGUGCUAAUCAAUGCUAAGUGCUAAGAAGGAUUCUAGGUUUAGACCGCCCUGCAAAUUAAAAUUCACUGCUCUUACUUGUAAUUUAAUUUCCCUUUGUAAGUUAGUAUGUAUAAUUCUGCUGUUGAGGCGCUCAAAAUUUUAUUUAUCUGGUUUACAUAAAAGUCGAUUAACAGUUAUUUAUGAGUUUGCACCUUUUCUUUCCUAGCCAAGUAAGCUGCUCCAGGACCAAUUGAACACACUCUUGUAACCUUCCUGUGACCGUGAUGUUUGUUGAGAGGUGUUGAGCAAUUGCUCUGCUGUUGUGUAAUCGAGUGUCCGAUAAGAUAAGUUAGGAGAAGGGGGAUUUACCUUGCGUUCGAUUCAAAGUGCCUUUACUGACUAUAAGCUAAACUCAAAGGGGUUUUGAUCCGUUAUAAAGCUAUGACUGUCAAAGGACUUCCCUUCUUUGCGGUUGGAAAGGUCGUGAAAGGUUUUGGAAGAGGAUCAAAAGAGCUGGGCAUACCGACAGCUAAUUUCCCAGAAGCUGUUGUUGAACGGCUUCCAGCUGCAGUCGGCACUGGGGUAUACUUUGGCUAUGCCAGGGUUGACGAAGGGCCUGUGCACAACAUGGUAAUGAGCAUUGGCUGGAACCCAUUCUACAAGAAUGAUAAAAAAUCCAUGGAAACUCACAUUUUGCACAAGUUUGACAAGGAUUUUUAUGGUUCUACGCUGCGGAUCUGCAUUGUGGGAUUCAUCAGGCCUGAGGAGAAUUUCAAGUCACUUGAGGCGCUGAUUCGCGCCAUCAAUGACGACAUUGAGAUGGCGCGCGAGCUCUGCGCGCGCCCCGAGCACGCGGCGCUGGCCAAGGCCGACUUCUUCUACCAGACCGGGGACGGCACGGAGGGCGACUCAGACGGGCCGGGCGGCAGCUCGGUGGGCCGAGUGGAGCGCAGCGGCAGCGACACCAGCAUAGACCACUGACCCCCCGAGCAGCUGGCGCGCGCUAGACAUGGAACAUCGGCACGGCACGGGUAGCGGGUGAACGGCGCCCGGGGAUGACUCGACUACGAGAUGGGCCAACGACCAAAACAGAGCCGGCAAUACGGAAACUCGUACGGAUUGCGGUAGACUUUUGCUUUAAACCGAGCUGAGCUAUUGCAGUAUUAGGGCUGUAGUACAUAGUCAAUAUUAUUUAUAUGGGAACUGGUGACGUAGGUUUUCCCAGUUUGCCUUUUGGGGAGAUAGCUAGUGGGCACUGAACUCAUUAACGAUUGUGAAUUAUCAUGUCAUAUUAAACUAUAGAGAGGAUUGGUUCAAAGACGGCACAUUACUUUCUGUAGUGCCCGCUGUCCAUAGUUUGUACUUACGGCGUUCGGCAGUCAUUCUCUGCCCAGUUCACACAUAUUUAUCCAAAGUCCGGCAUGUACUUCAUUCGCUGUCACCUGUUGGCGACGGUGCCAUUUCAGAAAUUUGUUUACACCGCUCAAUCAACAAACGGUGACUUUGUGCACUCUUACUGGUGCCCGUUGUCUGUGUCUUCACCCGAGAAGCUGUGCGGGUCUCAUAACCCACCUGGGCCGCCAUGUCGUAUAUGGCCGACGGUGCCUUGUCGGUGAGCCCACGGCGACCUCACACGGUGCACAAAGCGCACUCCAGACGCCUUCUCUCCGACGGACGUGGCACCAUUUCGACUUCGGCCACUUCAGGGCGCUGCUUUCCGGUCUCCGGCAGACCAGAUGUGAUUGUUCAGACGCAACGACCCUGGCGGGGAGGCUGCUGACAGCCUGACCUGUCGAGGAUAUGGUGGAGAGAUUAUACUAUGUACUUACGACUCACCAAUGGCCGCCGACCCACUGAGAAGUGGCUGUCCGGUAGUUCGUGUUCAGAUCGACUCUUUGCUGGUGACGCGUGUCGUAGGCAACUGAGGUGAUCGAGUAGUGUCUUCAGUUCGAGGGUUUUAUGUGCAGCACACAAUUGACCAGAAAUCAUUGCAUGCGAACAAAAUCGUGACCUUCACCUGUUGACAAGGGUUGAGUGUAUCGGUGCUGUUCUGCCGGUGAGUUCAGCGUUCAACCGCUCCGGGCUGACGUUCGGGCAGCGAUCGCGUUCUGAUCUUCAGUUAAUGGCUGUAGUGUUUGCAAUGGUGUGCAAUAGAUAUACCAUGGAUGAAGUAUUCCUGGAUAGGACACUCCCUAUUCCCCAACACUAGCGCCGGCGACCAAGCGGCCGCCCUGGUGGCGGAGCUCCGAAACAUCGGCGGCGAGUGCGCCGGCGGCCGCCGCACCGUCUUGCGUGCUAAAAACGCGGUAAUGGAGGGCGAAAUUAGCGAACUUAAGCUCAUAAGACACAAUUUCAGACACUUUAAACACAAUUUUUAGUCCUUUCUUAUAAUUAUUAUGGCUCCAUUUAGUCACUAUCACAUACGGAAUCAUUACCUGAUGCCCAUAAACUGAGCCGGUAUUCUUGACUUGCCGAUGCAAUUUAUCAUCAAAUAUCAUCGUUCCUCGGCAGUCAAACAAGUUCCUAUUGAUGAUUUAAUACAAAUAUCAACUUAUUUUCAUGUUAUCGCAUAAAACUUAACUUUAUUCCAACAUUGGCUCUUCGGCUGUAAUCACGAACCCUCACUUGUCAGCAGAAUUUAAGCAACUUCUUAAAUCAAAACUGGGAAAAGAAUAUUUCCAUGACAUUCCUCAAUUCCUGUUCUACCUGGUUCACAAAAAUUUUCAUCAAAAUCGGUUAUAGGUAAGUAAUAAACGACAAAAAUAUACAAAAAGACACGCUCCGCCCAUAGCCCGCAAUGCUAAAAUGGCGCCAGCGCCCUCGCCGUCGGGAAAUCCGGCGCCGCCGCCGGGUGGUCGGAAAAUCGGCGGAGUGUCCGAUCCAGGAAUACCUAAUCCAUGGAUAUACAAUGUUUACCCAAG